AUGAAACAUGAAGGCUAUGAUGACGAGCGGACAAUGGAGGAGGAGGAAGCAAUGAGUGGUGGAAGUUGUUCUAAUGAACUAGAUGAGCUCCAAAAGACACCUGUCCAUUGCCAUGGGAAAGGACAAAUUGACCGCCAAAAUACAGCUUUUAAGGAAGGGGAGAUGCCUCUGGAUGAUUUAUUGGCUAUGUAUGGCUAUGAUACAACCCAGACAGUUAUAGAAUCCAACUGUUUCCAGCAAGAUACUCGGUCAAGCAGUGAAGAAGAGAUUCUCAGCAAUCAGGAUUUAACCCUUGACAAAGAUGAGAUUGCCCGUGACCUCCUUUCUAACAGUGAUGAAGAUGACAAAGAGACAAAUGUAAAUGAUCUCAUUGACAGUGUUACUUCAUCACAGACAGCCAGGCUCUUACGAUCGAACAGCCAGACAGGAAGUGAAGAUGAUGAUCCGGAAGAUUAUGAUUAUCAACCAGAAAAUGAAGAAGAUUGGAAAAAGGUAAUUCAAGUAGGACAUGACUAUCAGGCACAAGUUCCUGAAGGCCUUAGUAAAUAUGGUGAUGCUCCAGCCUAUGAAAAUGAAGAUCGUUUAUUAUGGGAUCCAAGCAAAUUGGAAGACAAUGAAGUUUGUACUUAUCUUGAACAGUUCCAUGCACAGAAUAUGUCAAAUGCAGUCGGAGUGAAUACAGUACCAACAGGCAAUCAUAUCAGAGAUGAUGAACAGGCACUUUACUUAUUAUUACAAUGUGGACACAAUACAGACGAAGCCUUACGGCGGCGGAAAAUGCAAGCUGUUUCUCCAACUGAAAAAGAAUCAUCUUGUGACAUGUUGUUAUCAACGCUAGAGGACCUUGACUUAGACUCCACGCUGUCAUCUACCAGAAGUAUAGAUCCUAUGAGUUUGUGGUCAGAAGAGGAAUGUCGAAACUUUGAGAAUGGUCUUCGUACAUAUGGCAAAGAUUUCCACCUUAUACAGUUAAACAAAGUUCGAACUCGGUCUGUUGGUGAACUUGUUCAAUUUUAUUAUCUUUGGAAGAAAACUGAACGACAUGACAUAUUUGCUAAUAAAAAUAGAAUAGAAAAAAAGAAAUAUGCUUUACACCCAGGUAUCACUGAUUACAUGGAUCGCUUUCUGGAUCAAGAUCAAGACAGCCCAUCGCCAGCAACAGCUCGUGACCGUUCCACCAGUCCCAACAUUAGCAUGUUGAUCUAUGGUGAUCAGAAACGACAUCAACUGAAGCCAGCCGUUGAGGUUGACAGCUUGGCCUCUUUUCAAACCAUCGACAAUGACCUCACAAAUGUACUGCACAAUGCCAACAGCCCAAAGAUGUGUGAUUCAUCUAUAGAUAUAAACAGUCGAGACAGCCCAAUCAGCAAGCGAGCCAACAAAGAACUUGCUUUCUUUCUAUCUUAUCUGUACAAUGUACUUCCUCUUGUGGAUGAUGAGUCUACUGUGACGGACAGACGAACGGAUGGAUGGGUGAGCGCUCGGCUUCAAACCCAACCCCUGCCCCCCCCGCCAAAUUUAAUAAAUGACUUCCUCGGUUCAAAUAUCUAUCUAUCUAUCUAUCUAUCUAUCUAUCUAUCUAUCUAUCUAUCUAUCUAUCUAAACCUUUGA